ACCUUUACUAUUUUAACAAUCAUACAUUUGCAGGUAAAAUACCAGACGUAAGCAAUCUCGUUGAAUUGGUUGAAAUUUACUUGGGUCUCAACAAGUUUACCGGUGCACUUCCAACGGAACUCUUCAACAUGUCAGGGAUGAGAGUGAUCGAACUUGUGCGAAAUAAUCUGACAGGAAGCGUCCUCCCAUUGAGCAUAGGUUCUAUGUUACCCAACAUUGAAGGUCUUUAUCUAUCUAGUUUAAAUCUUUUUGGAACUAUACCUCAUUCUCUCUUCAAUUGUUCCAAACUCAUUUAUCUUGACCUUUCUUAUAACAAACUAACCGGUUUGAUCCCAAACUCUUUCGGAUAUAUGACUCAUCUAAAGUACCUAGGCUUGGGGGGGAACAAUUUAAUGAGUGACACUAGGUCGAGCUUCUUUUCUUCCUUAUCAAAUUGUAGAGAAUUACAAUUUCUUGAUGUAUCGUUGAACCCGUUGAAUGUUGUGCUUCCAGUUUCAGUUGGAAAUGUCUCUCUUGUAAAGUUAAUGGUUGUUGAAUGUGGACUUAAAGGGGAAAUUCCGAAAGGAAUUGGGAACUUAAGUAGCUUAAUAGACCUCGAUCUCUCUGGAAAUGGUUUGGUUGGAUCAAUUCCCACAACAAUUAGCAACUUGAGACUCCUUCAGAGUCUUAAGUUGAGUGGCAAUAAACUUUCUGGAUUUAUCGGAGACAAUCUAUGUAAAUUGCAGAACCUGGGGUAUAUACAUUUGGAUCAAAAUCAACUUUCAGGAUCUCUUCCUAAUUGUUUCGGGAACUUAACUUCCCUUCGGGAGAUAUUUUUAGGUACCAACAAGUUGCAUUCAAACAUUCCAGCUAAUUUAGGAAACCUCAAAAAUCUCCUAAACCUUGAUUUAUCCUCGAACAACUUGACUGGCUCUUUACCUCGAGAAAUCGGAAGUCUAAAGGCCAUGAUACAGAUGGAUCUUUCGAUGAAUAAACUCUCGAAUGGCAUACCUGAAGAAAUUGGUAGCUUGCAAAAUCUGAUACACCUUUCAUUGAGAGACAACAAAUUGCAAGGUUCAAUUCCUAGCUCAAUGAGCAGCAUGUCAGCUUUGGAAUAUCUAGACCUUUCUCAUAACAAUGUCUCGGGAUUAAUUCCCAAGUCUUUGGAGAAGCUUCUAAAUCUCAAGUAUUUCAACGUUUCAUUCAACAAUUUGGUUGGUGAAAUCCCCUCGAGCGGUCCUUUCAAGAACCUAUCCAGUCAGUCUUUCAUAUCCAAUGAAGCAUUGUGUGGUUCUUCAAGAUUUCGUGUCCCCCCAUGCCAUAGUGGAACUUCAAAGCAUAGAUCCAAGAGAAAAAAAGUACUUGUUUUGAUUCUACCGGUUGGAAUUGCACUUGUAUUAGUGUCCAUCGCCUUUGCGUUUGUAUGGAUAAAGUAUAUAAGAGGAAAAUCAACUGAUCCUCAACUAGGAGUUGAUCCGUCCUCUUUUGUCUCAACAAGAGGAAGAAUUUCAUACUAUGAAUUGCUCCAAGCAACUGAUUCACUCAACGAGAGCAAUUUGAUUGGUUCAGGGAGUUUCGGCUCUGUUUACAAAGGCAUCCUAAGAGAUGGGACUUUCAUUGCAGCUAAAGUGUUCAAUCUACAAUUGCAAGCGGCAUUUAGGAGUUUCGAUACAGAAUGUGAAGUUUUGCGCAAUCUUCGCCAUAGGGAUCUCACCAAAGUCAUCACUAGUUGUUCCAACCUUGAUUUUAAGGCGUUGGUACUCGAAUACAUGUCCAAUGGGAGCCUCGAUAAGUGGUUGUAUUCACACAACUACUUCUUAGACAUCAAGCAUAGGCUGAGUAUAAUGAUUGAUGUAGCAUGUGCAUUAGAAUAUCUCCACCAUGGCUGCUCAUUGCCCGUGAUACACUGUGAUUUGAAGCCUAGUAACAUCUUGUUGGACGAGGACAUGCUUGCACACCUAAGUGACUUUGGCAUUUCAAAAAUGAUUUCUGAAGAUGAGAGUGCUUUAUACACUAAAACUUUAGCAACAUUGGGUUAUAUCGCACCAGAGUAUGGAUUGGAAGGAAUGGUGUCAACCAAAUGCGAUGUUUAUAGUUAUGGGAUAAUGUUGAUGGAAACAUUUACAAGGACAAAGCCUAGUAAUGAGAUGUUUGAUGGAGAUCUUAGCUUAAAGCAAUGGGUGAGCAAUUCACUCCCACAUGCAGUAAUGGAAGUUAUCGAUCCCAACUUAAUAACACCACAAGAUAAUCACUCAGUGAAAAAAAUUGAUUGUGUGGUAUCCAUCAUGAAAAUAGCAAUAAAUUGUUGUGUUGAAUCUCCUAAAGGAAGGAUUGACAUGAAAGAUGUUGCCGCGAGGUUAAAAACCAUCAAGAUUCAACUUCUUGAAUGUUGAACAAGUUCUCAGGUUUAACAAAUGUUUGCUAGAACAUUGAUCCUUUAAAUAUGCUAUAGAUUUACAUCUUUUCAUCACCAACAUAGAGAACAAAUGUUAUGUAUACCUCUUCCAUCUUGAAUUUUUGAAGUGGUUUUAGUCUAAUCCCCCAUUACUUUAUUUUAUA